UAAUAAUGAAUGAAAUUAUUCAUUCCGAUCUCUCUUACGUAAAGUAAGAAUUUAUAUGUCCAAUUAAUUCAUUUUCUCAUUGAAAAUUUUUUAAUAGGAUCAUAAAAGGCUAAUUACAAUUACGUAAAAAUUUUAUACUUUUCUCGUGUAUAUUUAGAUGUCAUUUACAAAUUAUACAAAUACUUUUACAAAUCUGGUUUAAAAUUUUUAAAAUUUAUAAAAUAAAUAUUCAGAAGUCCGACUUUUUCUAAUCAAAUUAGCCAGUCUUUUAGUUUGAGUUAUUUUACAAACGUAAAUGCUCCAUUUUAUGGUCUAUAUUUUAUACAAAUGUUGUUACAGACAAAAAACUGUAUGUUUUAAAUAAAUAUGUACUUAACGUUAUAAACCAUAAAUGUAUAAUACGUUUAUUCAAAUUUAUUCGCAAUCCUUAUUGAGGAGUUUAGAUACUUUAGCAUCAAGCGUUAACGUUAAACGUUAUUGAACGUUCGAAAAAAAAAAAAAAGUAAAACUAAGCAUUCUCGAUAACGAGAUGAACAUACAGAUUACAGUUAUGAGAAUUGUUAAAAAAAAAAUCUAAAACGUCGCUAACAUAACGUUUACGUAAAUGCAUUCCUAAGUUCUUUUAGAGCAGAACUGCAAUAUUCGUAUUAGUAAGCAUUACAUGUCACGUAAUAUACGAUAGGGUUGCUCAAGGUGAGGAUUGUCGUUUACUGAUCUAUGUAUCUCACUCGUAACACUUAAGGAAGCAGUUUAUAUUUUACGUAAUCAAAUCCAUGCAAUUCAAAGUAAAUUUUUUUUAUUAUCUUUAUUAUAAUCAUAAAAUUAACAAAUAAAUAUAUUUAUCGUUAAUAAUUUAUUAUUUGAAUUACCCUAUAUAUAAAUAUGUGGAUAGUAUGAAAAGUUUUGAGCUUGAUAUAGAAACAAUAUUUUUCCCUCAAACUCGCUUUUAUUUAAAAAGAUAAUAAAAGUUAUUUUUUUUAUCAAGACUCAACCUAUCCUCGUAAUAUAUUAGAGAAUCAAAUUUUCAACUUUAUUUUGAAUUGAAUUUGUAACAAUUAAGCUUAUGAUACAGCUAAAUUCUAGCUAUGGUAUAGCCAUCUGUAUGGUUGUUUCGAAUGCAUUGCAAGGUGGCUAACAUAACCUAUAUGUACUUCUAAGUUAUUGCUUGGAAAAAUUAACGACGUUUUCUUUUGAUUAAAGUUUAUUUUAUAAAAUGGUUAUGUGCAACGUCGAAUGUAUAAAAAGAAUUAUUCAAUAUUUAGAUGUUUCAUCGGAUAAAUUACGUUUAUGUGAAAAUAAUAUAACGAAUAUUAGUAAUUUACCAGCGACCGAGCCUGUUUUGUACUUUAGUACUUUGAUACAAGCCUUGGUAAAAAACUCUAAAUACCCUGACAUACUUGGCAAUGAUAAAGAGACACAAGCUUUAACACGUCAAUGGUUGGAAUAUAUUUUAAUUUGUAUUAAUUAUGCAGAUACUUCUGCCAAUGUUAGAAAGGUUUUAAAGGAAUUAAAUAUGGUAUUGAGCGAUCAAACUUAUUUAAGUGGUACGAUGCAAACUAUCGCAGAUGUUACACUUUAUUACACCUUAUAUAAAAUAAUGAGUGAAUUAAGUCACCAAGAGAAGGCACAAUACGUUCAUGUAUCUAGGUGGUUCGACAAUUUACAACAAGAUACAAAAUUGAGACAGACAUUGGACUUAAUCUCUUUCAAUUUGAUGCAUCUGUUCUUAUAAAGUAAAUAAACAGAUUAUACUAAAUUAUCUUGUGUACUGUCUUAAUCACACAAUUAUAAACUCGUGACGAAAGAAGAAAUAAAAAUACGAAGGAGAAAA